ACAAAUGACAUUAACAUUUAAUUUUCAACAUCUCUUCUCUCUAAAAAAAUAAACUAUUUGGCUUCUCUCUAACUCCCACUUCUCCAUUGCUCAUCGGGAGCUGUUGUCGGCAUCUCUCCAGUAACCGGCAGUAGCUUUUCCCUUUUUUGGCUUAAUACCAUUACAAAAUCCGAACCAUCCAAAAAAUGUCAAUUUUGUCCUCAACUAUUCAAUAUGUAAAUCCUAUCAUGACCUUUUAGCGUUAUGUGACAUUUGUGUCAUGAAAAUUUCGUUGACCAUUAAAGAUAACGGCUGACCAUAAGGUGGUCAAAACGACGUUGGCAGGCUCUCGUUAUAUGGGCAUGGAGGAUACGUUUCUUGUAGACUUGUUGACUUUGUGAGAUGGGAUUCAAUGGUAUCUUUCGGCAAGGAUACAAGAGGUUGUGUUUGUCGGGGAUGCGGAGUUGGUAUUGGAUAAGAUGACAGAGGGUUCAUGUUCUGAUGCAUGUGGUGGAGCAAAUGUGGAGGAAAUUCAGGUGUUGCGACAAAGUUUUCAUCGUUCCAAAAUACAGUUCAUUGAUCGUGAUAAGAUUAGAGUGAUCCAUUUGAUGGUCUGGAAAGUCUUUUUAUUAUACCCUAAUUGGUAAAAAGUAGUCUUCCAUGCAAACGACCCUAAAUCUCAACUUGACAGGAAGAGAAAAGAUCUCAAGUUUACUAUUUCCUAAUGACUCGUCAAUUUACAUGGUCCAUCAGAUAAGUUGGUCAAAAAUCUUUUGAGUUAAUUAAUAAAUUAUGGAUUCAAAGCUUGGAAACCACAAGUGAAACUUCUUUCAUUUAUUCUUCUAAAGUUGCAACCAUAUCCAAAUCCAACUCCAUUAUACAAACCAGUCUCACCGUCGAUGCUUGUGCCCACCCAACUACGGCCAAUUUUUAUGACACAUACAUACAAUUGUGGAUGGAUGAUUUAUUGAGGGGUAGGCAGGCAGCAUAUGACAUAUUCUAAAAUGCAAACCAAACAUUUACAGACAGCAGAUGUUGACUUUUAAGCUAUAAUACAAACAGUGAAAGACAGAGAAACUAGAGGCUGGGAAUCAUACUUGCCAACAGAGCUUAAUCUAUUCAUAUAAGAAACUAAUGGUAGGAUUAGUGUUGCUCCCUUUCUAACUUUGACAAGAAGAAUUAACAAUUCAAUCAUGGGCCAACUGGAUGCUGCAUGAUUCAAGUUUCUAAAAACUAUACCAUUUUGAUCUUCAUACUGAGAUAAGAUGUGCUGUAGUCAAUAACAAAUUCUCACUGAUUACCUAAAAUAAUGCUUGUCUAUUCAUGGUUUACUAAAAUGACGCCUUAGAUGAUGAACUGACGCAUGAACAACCAAUAAGCACAGCAGUCCACAAUAUAAUAAUAACCCUCUCCUCCUCCACCCGACCUUUCAAUGGCUUGAAUUAUUGGAGUCGAGGUAGAAGAUAAGCAGAAACAGGGAAGAUGGCCCCACUGCCUUUCACCUGAUUAUCUCUUAUAACUAUAAGAUAGUGCAUCAUUGACAGAGACAACCUCCCUAGCAACAUACUCACAGCAACCAUUAAUUAUUCUAUCAGCUGCAACCCCAAAUAUACCUCUCCAUCUGUAUAUAGGACUAAGACUAGGAGGUUCAUUGGUCACUAAAGUAAACGCCUACAGUUUUCUUCAUCUCACUCUCCCUCUCUAAAUAGGAGACUCACCAUAUGUUAGUCUAAGGUGUUUGAUCAAAUGGUUGCAUUAAGGUUCACAAGAUGGCCUUCCUCGCCACCACACUUCCCAGUAAUGCAAACAGCUGCAUCUUCUUCAAUUCCAGACCAGCUUCCAUUCAGCAGCAGCAAUAAGAAGGCUCAUAAACCUGUGGGGAUCAUGAUCAAAUCUUCCUCUUGUUCCUCCUUCACAAACAAGAUAUUCGAGAACCCAGUUGAGGGUAUCGUUUGUUAUACAGACGAGAGAACUGGGGAAGUAAUUUGCGAAGCAUACGAUGAAGGCCCUCGUUUCAACGACCUGCACCAGCGACGGACUCCUGCUGCGUAUCAACAUCAUUCGGCAUCAAGGGAUGCACAGAUCAUCAUCAACCUCCUUCAGCAGCGGCUUCUGCAGAUUGUUAAUGGCUCUCAUGGUGAUCAAUAUCAGAAUGCUGGGGCUACUGUUACCGCGCAAGAAGACCUUUCAAAGUCCAGCAGCUUAUAAACUAAUUCUAACAACUCCUAUCACCACCAGCAUCUAUCUAUGCACCAAGUCAUUAUACCAGCUUUCUGCAUACACUUGUAUAUAAAAGUGAUGACACAGAUGUUAUGUAGUCACUCUUUUCACCUUCAGAUUGUUCAAUCUAAAGACAAAUGGUCCACUGGAUUACUGCAGAAAUGCUUGUAGAUAAAAACCAAUAAUAUGAUAUGAACGAUUUUUCAUUUACCAUGCAAUGCAUCUGGGAGACAAGCACACAACUAGAACCAUGGAACCCUUUCCUCUGCUCUUGUAAUACACGAAAAAGACCUCG